GUCUCAUUUAGCGACAUAUUAUUGAUGACAUUCUUUGUCUUUCAACGAACAAAUUAUCGUACGCACAUACAUCUUGAUCUGAAGUAGCACGCAUAAACCUUGUAUACCAUCUCAUUGUCGACAUACAUACCCGCCAAGAACUACACAUUAGACAAGCUUCUAUUUACGCGUUUGGUCUUUCGAGUCCUCAAGAGUCUUCUCUGAUUGUAUAGUACAGCAGCACAACUUACGUACAGCAAUGGAUUCUCCGGUUACACCGCGAUCUCUGUCGGCGUCCUCGCUUUCGCGCACGGAUAUGGUGACAACUAUCGCCCCCGACAGCGACACUGGCGCUCCGCCGUUGCCGCUUUCCGAGAUCACCGCCUCUGACGGGCUGGUCGCGGCCGUCGGUACCGCGGCGUCAACAUCUCCAACUACGGGAGUAGAACCCCCCGAUGAACCCGAAAACUCCCUUCUCGAGGCGGUGUCGGAAGUUGUUGUAAACCAGGUUGGCACAACUACUACCGAUGACGUUGGCACAACGAGGACCGGGACCCAGCAGAUGAAUACACCUGAAUCUUCGUCGUCAGCAGCAAGUGCCCAAAGAACGACCCAAUCACCGCGAGGAAACAAUCCGAACAAGAAUAUUCUUGACGCGAAGCGUGCUGCAGCCGCGGCCCCAGACGAGUUCACGCUGAAAAUGCGGGAGAAGUUCGGGCUCGAGGUGCGGUUCGCCAAAUCGUCCAACACCUACACCACCAGCUUGGCCAGCUUACGCAAGUGCACCACGGCGCGAAGCGCGUUGGAGGAGUACCUGGAACAAGAAAAAAAGCUCGGGAAGAACUCCGCAGAAGGUCGUGGAAUUAUAUCAAACAGCGAGCAGCAAGGUCAGGGUCUUACGGUGGAUGAUGGAUCUUCCGCCAGCAGCAGCGACCUCCGAGUCUCCACGGUUCUGGGGCGCGUCGUGGUUGGCGACACAGUGAAUCUGGACGCGAGCCCGGAAGAACGCCGUGCGUUUCUGGCCCAGUUGCGUUCGGAGUACACGAGCUCGGGACAAGUUGGCGGCGCGAGUAGUUCCCUGAUGGGUGCGGCCACGACCGGUGGGAAAAUGUUGAAAGCAGCUGGUGGCAACGCGAUACUAGGCCGCGCCACGAAUGACAACAGGGAGGACGAGUUGUCCUCGGGUAGCUCUAGUGGCGACGACGAGGACGAAAAUGUUGAGCCGUUGAGCUCCUCCGACGAUGAAUACGUGGCGAUGAGGAUAGCCGAAUCCUCGGCGACUGGAACUACAACCGUGCUGGCCAGUGGUGUGGUCACGACCUCGGGCACAGGGGCGGUUGUUUGUUCUCGAGCAUUGAAGCAGAAUAUUAAGCCAAGCAUGAACCGACUUCCCCAGGUGGCCGAGGACGAGGAGCUACUCACUGCGACGAGUGGGCAGCAGAGGAACAAACAAACACGGCACCGGGAGGAAAUGGAAACCCAAAAUUCCUACGACGAGGACCAAUUCCUUGUGGUCAGCAAGUGGCGAAAGAUUCAGAUACACCAGGUUCCCUUCCUCGUUCGGCUGGAUACGUGUUUCGAAAACGCCGGUCUGGCCCUGUGCGCCGCGUUUUUCGAGAGUAAGCGUCCGACGGAUGCGGAGGCAGACGAGGAGCUCGCGUCCCGCUUGUCGCAGGCCGAUGCAACGCGCAACUUCGCCAUCCUGAUUCUGCGCAGCGGCCGGUUCUCGGGGGCCAUCUUCUCGGCGGCGGACGGCCGCUGCCUGCUGCACAAGACCUUCCGCCGGUACACGGUCCGCGCGAAGGCCGGGGGCUCGCAAUCCGCGAAAGACAACACGGGAAAAAGCAUCAAGUCCGCGGGAAGCACCCUGCGGCGGUACGGCGAGCAGCAGCUGGAGAACAGCAUGCGCACUCUCUUUCGCGACUGGGAGGGCGACCUCCGCCAGUGCAAGGGAGACCUGUUUCUGUCCGGUGGCCACGACCAGAUCGCCACACUGGUAAAGUGCUUCCCCACCGGGCUCUGUGGCGGCGCCGCGGACGAACAGAAUAAAGUGUCCUCCCCCCGCGGGGCCAAGCCAAAACCACUGUCUCCCCGCAGCGCCGCUGCGGGCGGUACGAAGCAGGCGAAGGGGUACCGAAAACUGCCCCUGCAGGUGAAGAAAUCCACGCUCGCGGAGGUGGAAGCGCUCGCGUUGCAGCUCCGCACCGUGCACCUGUUUCCCUCCACGGGUUUUCUGCGGAAAUCUGCUUCGGCCGCUGCUGGAGUUGGUGGGUCGGCGGGUUGUACAACUAGCAGUGGCUCAACCACCAGCACAAGGAACCGCACCGGCUCCGCGGACGAGCGUUUGUAUGGGCAUCUGCGGGCCGGAGUCGGAGACCAGUCUGCGACGACAAACCACGACACAGGAGGCACCAGGGGAAAAAACGCCACCAAGGAUUUCAACGAGGACCCGCCAGAAGAUGAGCGGGGCUAUGUCUCCGAAGAAGACCCGCUUUGGACGCCGCUGCACGCGGCGGCAAAAGCGGGCCUGGUCGCGGAUGUGGAGCGGCUACUCACCGAAAUGUGUCUCCGCAGCAACAUCGAGGAGGCAAGGGAAGCUAGCCUGUUAGGCGAAAUUAGCAGCACGCCAAAAUCCACACUUCCCGGAACGGCUACCACGACCCGCGGGCCGCUGCUUCCCGGAGCAAACUUGUCCACGUUGGCGACGCUGGGUAUUAACAAGCUGCACACGGAGACCGGCGCACCCGCGUCAUCGUCCGCCUCGUCUUCGGCCACGGGCACGCUUGGUGGACUGAGCCAGGGCGGAACGGGAAAUAAUAACUGUACCACUUCUGGAGGUGCCCACGGUUUGAUAGUAGAGCCGCAUCAAAAUGUCACCACCAUGUCCUCGGUUUCCGAGCAGAAGACACCGCGGAGUGUCAGUUGGGAAGUUGAAAGCAACUGGUCCGCGCACGCAGCUGCGGGCGGAUCAGACACUACUGACUUCGAUCCGCAACACUAUCAGACCGCCGGGGCCAUCAUGAAUCCCCAGCAGCCUAAUAUCAUGCCAAAUACUACAACAACCUCCCAGUCAGUGGGAAGCCUACUACAGAACCCCAACGCGGCUACGCCCUCCCGCCUGCCCUUCGGGCUGACUGCGGCCGCGUCGUCUCUGGUGCGGCAGCUCGUGUACCCUUCGGAGCAAACAAGCAAGAAAACGAACGAGACUGCGGAGCAUGUCGAUCAAGAGAUGCAGCAAAGCAACAAUGGCGUACUACCGAGAGGACCUGCUGCGGUUGAGAACGACAUCAGGGUGGAAGAGAUCACAAGCAGAAGUCCAUCUGCAGAUGAUAAUCUUCAUGUUGGCGAUAACGACAUCAAGUGCGACGGAAAUAAAGUGAAAAGUGAAAGUUUUUCUCCCGCCGCAGUACCAAUCGUGGGUUCCUCUCACCCAGACGAGUUGGACCCGGCACAGCAGACGGAUGGCCUUCGACUCGUGCAGAUCAAGAAAACCAUUCAAAAUCUGCGGAACCGUAGCGCCGGACCCGCGUCCCGAGAUUCGAAGGGCCGCGUUCCCUUCUACUUGGCCAAAAACCAGACGGUGCGCGACGCGUUUCGCCGAAUUCGGGGCCUGUAUCCGGAAGCGCUCGAUUGGGAUGAAGGCUUGGUCCCUCCAGCCAUCACAGAGGAGUCCGAAAACGCAAAGAAGCAAAAACUGAAGGAGAAGAAAAAGCGGCAGAAGGAGAACGCGAAGGCCAACAAGCAGGAUCAGAAGGAAAAGCAGGAGCACGAGCGAAAAGAAGCCGAAGAGCGACAGCGGCGGGAAGAGGAGGCCCUGAAGGGGCCCCCGUGUGCCUACUGCGGAAAGGGGUGCGGGCCAAAUUCGAAUAAGUGGUUUCGCCGACUCGAGUACAUUUACGACACUGCCGAUUGUGUCAAAGCACACCAGCGCCAACUGGCAGCUGAUGCGGCUGCGCGCCGGUUCCAGUCUUGAUUUUUGCAAGCUGACCUCCCGAUAAUGCCGACUUUCACUUGGAACAUAAGUAAAGAAGUACACAACGAACCACAAGAUACGAAUCCUGUCGUGGCAGGGGUUUGUGAUGAUGGCGGCUAGAAGUACCAUGCUGGAUCAACAAAUGGUCGUCUCACAUCGUGUCUCAUGUCGCAAGCACUAUAAGCUGACAUCGACUUCUUUCCAG